UAAAAUGAAUAUAAAUUAAACGUUUCUUCUAUUCGAAAAAAAAUUUAAUAAAAAAAUUUUUGGCUCUCCUCUAAAUUUUCAUUAAAAUUUGUUUUCUUUUUUUUUUUAAAAUUGAAUUGUUGUUAAAAACCGUUAAAACCUUUGUGCUUGCGAAACAGCCAAGAAAAAUGGCAUUACAAAAUCUACUACGUGGAUGUGCACUGAGACUCAGUCAAGUCGGCGCUGCCGCACCGGCCACCAUACUCCAAGCAACGCGCUUUCAAUCCUCGUCCAGUGGUUUCAGCGGUUGCAUUCUACCCAAAUGGAAGAAACCGCCAUCCAAACCGCGUCUCGGUCGCAAAUGUCUUCCAUACAAAGUGCCCGUAUGUAGUGAGGAAGUGCUGCAGAAGCGCAGGAAGACAAGACCCUGUCAGCUGAAGCGGAACUUGGAAGAAAUCGAUCCCGAAUGUUGUCCGAAUCCAUGUUUUGAUGCACAUCCGCGUUUCGAUGACCUGCACUAUGCGCCGUCCGAAAAGAAUCGUCCGUAUCAACAAACCUGGUGUGAGUUUGGUAAUCUGCGCAUUGUGGAACGGCCACGCUGCUGCUACGAGGAGUUCGAUAUACCCAUGCCGAAGCGGCGUAAACGUGGUAAAACUGGCCCACAUGUUGAUAUGUGCGCUAUUGCAAGACAAUGCCCGAAUGUGUCGCCCAGAUGUUCGAAAAUCGUUUGGCCCGGCUGUCAGACGCGGAAAUGUGAAUUCUCCUGCAAGUACUAUCCACCGCCAAAGGAUUGCCUCAAAGUGUGCACACCCUAUCCCAGCUUUACGGAGUGCGAUAGGGAUCUGCCUAAACCGUUGCAUCCCAUCGAGUGUGAUUGCUUGAAAAUCAUUGGUUUUUGCCCGAUUUGAAAAUGAGACUUUUGAACUCGAAGAACUUUGUAGUUUAAAGUAAAGAAUCUUAUUUCUUAAUCAAUUAAAUUCUUUUUGUGAUUUGUAAAUAA